CCUUCGCUGCGAUACACCGGGCAACAGUUCAUAAUUUGUCCAGGUGGCAUCUGCUGCUUCGCUUUCACUUAACAGGGAAUUUGUGCUUAAUUCUAUUCGUAGUUUCGAGCUGCGCUGUAAUAUAUUUUCGUGUAUCGGUGGCUACAUUGUGCUGUCAUAUAAACCACUGAUCUCUCAAACAACAUCCCAUAUCACCAGGUACCUGCUCGCCACCGAUCGCUAGAAUGGUGUCCUGUCAAGGAAAGCCGGUGGCGAUUAUUUUCGGAGCCCUGAUGCUUCAUUUGGUGUCAGCUCAGAACGAGCCCACCAUCGAGGCGUCUGAUCACCUGACCCUGCAGAAGGAGGCGCACAGCCCGCCCAUCACCCUGCAGUGCAACCUGACGUCCACACACAACACACACCGCGACAGCUACUGGAUGAAGAAUGGCGAGGAGCUAGAGGAUACACAUCAGGAAACUAAACUCACCGAGUUCAACCUGAAAAAGCCCAAAGCUGAAGACGCAGGGGAGUACAUGUGUGUGUUCACCUUCACUUCGGCGCCCCCGGCAAACGCCACCAUCGAGAUCAAAGCUGCUCCGGACAUCACCGGCCACAAGCGCAGUGAGAAUAAGAACGAGGGCCAGAAGGCUGUACUGUACUGCAAGUCGGUGGGCUACCCUCACCCCAUAUGGACCUGGCGCAAGCUGGACAAUGACCUGCCAAUGGACAUUGAUAACUCCUCUGGCCGAUUCUUCAUCAGCAAUAAGGACAACUACACAGAGUUGAGCAUCCUGAAUCUGGACAUCAGCUUGGACCCUGGCGAGUACCAGUGUAACGCCACCAACUCCAUCGGCACCACCACCAUGACGUCAGUGCUACGCGUGCGCAGCUACCUGGCCCCCCUGUGGCCACUGCUGGGAGUGCUGGCCGAGAUCAUCGUGCUCGUGCUCAUCAUUGUCAUCUACGAGAAGCGCAAGAAGCCCGACGACGUGCAAGACGCGGGGCCAAUGAAAACCAACUCCACUAAUAAUCACAAAGACAAGAACCUGCGCCAGAGAAACACCAACUAAGACGACCGCAGCCACCACCCAGACGAACACAUUCAUUUCAUGACCUUUGAACGUAACCCAUGACAGCGUUCUUAUUCAUUGUAAAGCAUAUCUGAGGUGGAGCUUAGGAUGGCAACCACUAAAAGGAAGACGACAGGCAUGCCUUAUGACCCCGGGAGAGAGGAGGCGGACAGGGAGGCGAGGGGUGGACACCACUGAUUUCCCUUUUUCCUUUGCUGCAUGAUUGUGUUGCUUUUUAUUUGAUAUGUUUUCUUAUAUACAAUUGUUUUCCAUUUCUCUAAAUAAGAGUAAUGCAUGCGAGAUAGUGACUUACUGUUUGUUACAGACAAGGUUUUCUUUUGGGUAGGGUAGUGUCUGUCAGGCUGGUUUCAUGUAGAUGAUGAUAUUUACUUUGUAUCUGACCCUUCAACUUUAAUGCAUUGUAAGGGAUAAUAUGACAUGACCAUGUUUGGGUAUGACAGUUUUUGUACAGUUUACCAUUGCACUGCAUACCAUUUCUAUAAGGAGACAUUCAACUUUUUCUCAGUUAAUUUAAGUUAGGGGCUUAAUUUAAAAAGGGCUUUGCAAUGUCCCUCACUAGUUGUUUUAUACUUAUGACUGUACCGUAUGUAUGUAUUUAUGUACUCGAUCACUGAAGGUAAACAAUAGUAUUUGAAUGUUCCUGAUUUGGUGCACUUAAGUGUUAAGAAAAAUGGUGAAGCACCUGCAGAACUUAAUUUUAUAAUUCCAUGACUUCUGUCCUAAAUGUGACUGAUUGCUUUUUAUCAAUGUGUAUUGUACAGCAUGGCUUUUAUUCUAUGCAAUAUUUAUUCAUAUAAUAUAUACAUAUAUAUAUUGAUAUAUCCAGAUAGAUAGAUAGAUAUGUUUAUCAGACAUUAAGGCGUGAUUUAUUUUUGGCCGCAGUGAAGCUUUAAGACCAUGUAGACGCGUUUCUUGGCGCCCCAGACUCAUAGAUUACUGAUCACCUUUCACCAAUGCAUGACAUCCAUGUGAAGUACUGCUAGUGUACGAGCACCUGGAGUGCAGUAAUGAAGCUCGGGCUCUUGCGUGUUGUGAGACAACUCCAAGUCAUUUUUACUAAUAAAGACUCCUCGUAUGA